GGGGAAGGCGGCAGCGUGGCCCCGGGCGGCUCUGCGCCUGGUGCUAAUCGCCGCCCCCGCAGCAGAGGAGUCGGGGCGGGGACCCAGCCGCAGAUAAAGGGGCUGAGAGGCCAGCGGGGCCCCAGGUGGGCAGCGGCAGCAUCAUGAGCGCGGCCGGCCCGGGUCACGCGGCGGCCACCGAGGACUCGCACCCAGGCCAGGCGGCGGUCGCCGCGGCCUACCAACGAUUCGAGCCCCGCGCCUACCUCCGCAACAACUACGCGCCCCCGCGGGGCGACCUGAGCAACCCAGACGGCGUGGGGCCUUGGAAGCUGCGCUGCCUGGCGCAGACCUUCGCGACUGGCGAGGUGUCCGGACACACCCUCAUCGACAUUGGUUCAGGCCCCACCAUAUACCAGCUGCUCAGUGCCUGUGCCCACUUCGAAGACAUCACCAUGACAGAUUUUCUGGAGGUGAACCGCCAGGAGCUGGGGCUCUGGCUGCGGGGAGAGCCUGGGUCCUUCGACUGGAGCGUGUACAGCCAGCAUGUCUGCCUCAUUGAGGGCAAGGGGGAGUCCUGGCAGGAGAAGGAGCGCCAGCUGCGAGCUAAGGUGAAGCGGGUCCUCCCAAUUGACGUGCACCAGCCCCAGCCGCUGGGUGCCGGGGGCCUGGCCCCCCUGCCUGCCGAUGCCCUGGUCUCUACCUUCUGCCUGGAGGCGGUGAGCCCUGACUUUGCCAGCUUCCAGCGGGCUCUGGACCACAUCACUACACUGCUAAGGCCUGGGGGGCACCUCCUGCUCAUCGGGGCACUGGAGGAGUCGUGGUACCUGGCUGGAGAGGCCAGGCUGAUGGUGGUGCCCGUGCGUGAGGAGGAGGUGAGGGAGGCCCUGGUGUGCAGCGGCUACAAGGUGCGGGACCUACGCACCUACGCCAUGCCUGCCCACCUCCAAACAGGUGUAGAUGACGUCAAGGGCAUCUUCUUUGCCUGGGCCCAGAAGAAGGCUGGGGUGUGAGGCUCAAGGGCACACAGUGCCGGCAGCCCUCAGCCAACUAGGCUCUGUUAUCCGAGGUAGCACCUAAUAAAGAAAUG